AUGAGGUUCAGGCGCACAACUCUUCCCAACUAUAAAAACACGACUAGUGCAUCCAGUACCACAAGGUUACCGGAAACACCAAUCCCAAACUACGCAAUCGUGGCGACUGCUUUCGGGUUAGUGGUCCUUGCUGUGCUGUGUGCAGCAGCUUUCAUGAAGUGGGAACAAAGAAAACGAGAAAAGAAGUGGGAGGCAUACAGGACCGCCCAGAUUUCCCCAACGGCAUUACACAGGAAAAAGAAGCGAAGAAAAACUCACAAAGGCACCUACGCAAAAAAGCAGAAAUUAGAGUUGCCUCCAGAGUUCCAAGAUAUGAAGCGGCGUAGACACAAGAAACUACGACACGGUCUCUCAUAUUCAAAAGAGAAGAAUUCUAAAGAAGGGGAAAAUCAAGACGAUCUCAUGGAGGAACAACUUCGAUUCUCAAGAGAGAAGGAAACGAGAGUAUCAAAUGAAAGACGAUCCAAACAAUCAGCAGAAAAGAUUUCGAAAUCCAGAGAAAAUGUGAAGAAGGUGAAAAGGAAGAAAACACAACCAGCUAAGAAAAAAAGCAUCGAGGGAACACCUGAGAGUAUUGAUGACUUAAUGACAGCAAUUAAAGAAAACCGAAUUAAAUUGGUGACGCCCCAAGAAGAAUACGGCAAAGAAAAUAAGGUGAAGUCCGAUCGUGAUGUGAGCCCACCCAGUUAUUAA